CGCACCAGUAGUAGUAAUAGCGUAGCAAAGGAAAACGUACGGACCCUGCCUCAGUCGAUCAAGCUCGCCAGCUCCGGCGGCCGUCGAGCUCGCGUCCUAUGGGUUCGGAGCAGAAGCCGCACGUGGUGUUCGUGCCGUUCCCGGCGCACGGCCACGUCGCGCCGCACACGCAGCUCGCGCGCGUCCUCCACGCCCGCGGCUUCCGCGUCACGCUCGUCCACACCGAGCUGCACCACCGCCGCCUCCUGCUCGCCAAGGGCGCCGACGCGUCCGCGGCCGCCGCGCCGUGGCUCGGCGUCGAGGUCAUUCCCGACGGGCUGUCGCUGGAGUCGCCGCCGCGGACGCUGGAGGCGCACCAUGACGCGCUGGAGCAGAACUGCCUCGAGCCGUUCAAGGAGCUGCUGCGCGCGAUGGCGCGCAGGCCAGGCGCGCCCCCCGUGAGCUGCGUCGUGGUGGACGCGCCCAUGUCGUUCGCUUCCAUGGCGGCACGGGACGUCGGCGUCCCCGACGUGACGUUCUUCACGGCGUCCGCGGCCGGGCUCAUGGGGUACAUGCAGUUCGAGGAGCUGGUGAAGAGGGGCCUCGUCCCGCUGAAGGGAGCCGGGUACAAGACGGACGGCAGCCUCGACGCCCCGCUGGACUGGGUGCCCGGGAUGAAGGGCAUGCGGCUCAGGGACAUGCCGACCUUCUGCCACACCACGGACGCCGACAGCGCGCUGAUGCGCAUCCACCUCCACCAGAUGCGCGUCGUCGCCGGGUCCAAGGCCGUCGUCAUCAACACGUUCCACGACAUGGAGAAGGACGUCGUGGACGCGCUCGCGGCCUUCCUCCCGCCCGUCUACACCGUCGGCCCUCUCUCCAGCAUCGUAUCGUCGCUCCCGGCGGGAGGCGGCGACCCCUCGAGCUCCACGGACACGCCGAGCCUCUUUCAGGAGGACACGGAGUGCAUGGCGUGGCUGGACGGGAAAGAGGCCCGCUCCGUCGUGUACGUGAGCUACGGGAGCCACGCCGCCGCGGGCGCCGACAAGAUAAAGGAGUUCGCGUCCGGGCUAGCGAGGUGCGGCUCUCCCUACCUGUGGGUUCUGCGGUCCGACCUGGCGGCCGGCGUUGAGGUCGGGGAGAACGGGCUCGUCGUGCCUUGGUGCGCCCAGGAGGCGGUCCUUGCCCACCCAGCUGUAGGGCUUUUUGUUACCCACUGUGGGUGGAACUCGAUCUUGGAGACCGUGAUCGGAGGGGUGCCGGUGCUCGGUUGGCCGAUGGUAUCCGAGCAGACGACCAACUGCCGGCAGGUAAGCACGGCGUGGAACAUCGGAGCGGAGCUGCCGCAGGAGGCGAGGGGCGAUGAGAUAGCCGCACUGGUGAGGGAGAUGAUGGCCGGGAGGAAGGGGAUGGAGGCGAGGGAGAAGACGUUGGAGUGGAAGAGGCUCGCUGAAGAUGCUACCAAAGAAGGGGGUUCGUCCUCUGCUAACCUUGAUAGGUUCGUUGAGGAUGUGCUGCUCAAGGGGUUAUGAUUUUUAUUUUAUUUGUUUAUAAGUUCAUUCUAUCAGUUCGUUUUGUACCUAAUAAGUGAACUAGCACAAGUCAGUAGCAUGAACUACUGAUGAAUGAGCUUCUAAUUUAUCUGCAACUGUAAGAGAAAUUGAGCUUCAUGUUUUCACUUGCACAUAUAUAAAUGCUGAAUAAGCUGGUAA